GAACAGAGAGUCCCCAGUCAACGAGCGGGGAGAAGGGCACAAGAAGUCAAACACUCGGGAACAUAUGUUGCAUCCCUUGCCAUUAGUACCAUAAGUUGUUCCAAAAAGGGAACAACUUCCGAGAUUCGAGAUUCUAGAAGGAUUUUUAAGAAGGAAGUGUUUGUUUUAGAUCGAGAGUCUUAAACAUGACCACGGAUACUGUUCAAAGCUCCACAGUGUGCUCUUCUACCACGCCCAAUCAUGCCACUUCGUCUAACGGGUUCACUGGGGAUUAUCCCACUCCACAUCAAAAUCAUCAUACCCAUGGUCCAAAUCCGAUCGUUUGGGAUCAUUUGGCUAAUUCAGAAUUGGGAUAUGAGUUGGCAGCCUCUUCGGCUUGGGGCGCCAAUCCAGCCACUCUGGCCGAGCAAUACCACCGACUUUGGGACCAACACCACAACAGCUCCCUCCACCACCAUCACCACUCCCACAGUCACUUCCAACCUGAGGCCAUUUUACCUCCGUUAGGUCCGAACCCGGCCGAUUUCUGGACUUCCUCUGCAGCCGUUGCCGCGGCUGCCGCAGCCGCUAAUUCCGCCUCUGCAGUCGGAGGUGGACUGAGUGGAAACAGUGCAGCGUCACUCGCCGCCACUCCAGGAGGCGGAGCCUCAUCCUCUCCUGCUUCCAAUCUCAACUCUGGCUCAGGGCUUUCUCUUUCUGGGAGAGAUGUAACCACCACUCCAACAGCAAAAAGCCGAAGGGCACGCACCCGGGCGGCCAAGAAGCGGAGAAGGGUGGCCACUGCAGCUCAAAGAAGGGCAGCCAAUAUUCGUGAAAGGCGACGCAUGUUCAAUCUCAAUGAGGCUUUUGACAAGCUCAGAACAAAGGUACCUACUUUUGCAUAUGAGAAGCGUUUGUCGAGGAUCGAGACAUUGCGUUUAGCGAUUACUUACAUCAGUUUCAUGGACGAACUGGUUCGCUCCACAGGUGACGUGGGCUCGAGUAAUGGCCCGAGGUCCCCUGGGUUAGCUGGACUGCGCAACCAUCCAUAUAUAUAUUCCUCAUUGCAUCAUUGUUAAUUUUGAGAUAACCUAUUCAGUAUUAUUGUCUUAAUUGCUGACCUUAACGAUCAGUGAACCAAUAAAUAUCGAAUG